AUGGAUACUUUGAUUUUGAUGAUUUUGAUGGAUGUGAUCCUACUUCAGGUUUUAGGUAGUGUAGCUUCUAUAAAGGCAGGGGAAACCAGCCAUUCUGGUUACGACUAUUGGAAGUGGAAGGCAGUUUUUUUCUUGUCCGAUUACGGCUCUUGCGUUAUUAUGUUCUCCAUGUACUCAUCUAUCAUCUCGUUGAGGGAGGCUCAUGAGACUGAUGGGAGUGCUGCUAGGGAUUUGGAAAAGUUGCGUCUAUUUGUGUUGGCCGCUUUUGGAUACGUGUUUUUUACGAGAGUUAUUGUUGUUUUUGGACUGGCUCCCCUUGUUGUUGACAAGUGGCCAUGGAUGAUUGAUGCGGCAAAGGAAACCGGCAAUCUUGUGUUCUGUAUGGUUAUGUUUUACAUGUACAGGCCAUUAGAGAAACAUGUUGUGGGGGUUGAAGAGUUAGGGCUUUGA